CACAGUAAAUACUAAUGCGGUUACCUUUCUUCCAUAUUAGUAUACUGUAGAUUUCCUUCAUAUUCCUCAAGAAACACUAUAAGAAAGUCACGUAACAUUUGAAUUUCCUACGAAAGCAUUUGUUUUCUUCAGAUAUUCUGCGAGUGCUGUACAUACCGGACAGGACCCGCUACCUAGGAAACGCGACGCGCAGGGGAAGGCGCCGAAAACAAGAGUCGGCACCGGGGGCUUCCCUUGAGCGUCAUGAGCUUCGGCCGCGAUCGUCCCGUCCCUCUGCCUCGGACGGCGGCCAAGGUAGAAUUCGUGGCGACGCGGGCGUCCAGAAAGCCUCUAUCAAACCACCCUACAGGGAGCCACCUGUCUUCAGAUUCAGUUUGUCAAGAUAAUUUACUGGUUAGAGAAGAUGAACAAAACAGUGAACUUCAUGCUUCUUUAAUCAACAAAAAUGAUCAAAAGAAACAACAAGAGGAAAAGAUGAGAAUGAAAUAUGAAUUAGAAGAUCUAAGGGCUCAGUAUGAACAGCUUUUAGAAGAGGGGAGCAGUGAAUGUUUUGAUGAAAGGCGUGUUAAUCUUCUAAAGGCUCAAGUACUACAGCUGGAAAGGCAGGUAGUGCUACUUACAGAAGGAUUAAGUUCUCGAGCUGCUCUUAUGCUGGAAUUAAACACUUCUUUACAGACUAUUGCAGACAAGCUUAGCUCUUUCCUUAGCACUGAAGGAACCACCUCUGAAGUAAGCGUGCCCUGUGCAGAAAUUCGUCAAACAAUUGAGCGGUGCCAGACAAUGAGACUCAAACUACAAAGAAACCAGAAAGUUUCUGAUCUAUCAAGACUUGCAUUGCCUUGGACAUUGGGAGGAAACUUUGUUAUACAGCCAGUUACACUCCUGGAUGUUUGCUAUGGCAAAAUAGAAAAUUUAAAUCUUAGAUAUGUGAGCGCCCUUGAAGGGAAACUUAGCAAGCUGUGGAGACACCUGCUUGCCAUGAGGCAAAAUCUGAGUUUCAUGCUAGCCCCAGGACAGAUGUCCUCUGAGGCAGCUCAUCAUACCCUACCAACUGUUGUUUAUGCUCGGCUGAUAAAUCAUGCAGCUCAGUGUCAUCGGUCUGUGGAGGAAUGCUGCCGUGACUUGUUCACUUUGACACUUCUGGUACCUUCCGCACCUUGGGAAAUCCUGGAAAAUUCCUUGAGCCAGGAGUUCACUGUUGAGAAUGUGCUUGCAGUGCUUCCUGCCUUCCCAAAGGGUGCCCCUCAGCAGCGUGCAAAAAGAGCUGUUGAAGCGCUGGUAAAGGCUCAAAAUUAUUCCAGGCAAAUGGCAAUGCAACAGACAUUUGCUUUGCAAGCUGAACUUAAUUUCCAUAGAACUCUGUAUAAUCUCCAAGUUAAGUACACCGAAGCUCUCUUCAGUGGAAUAAAGCAAGCAUACCGCACAUUUCAAGAUAAUGUUGCUAUGGUUCUCUGCUCACCACUACAAGAUGUUUUUUCUUCUUAUGCAAAACUUAAAACAGAAGCUUCUGAGUCUGCUUUGAGAGGCUUUCUUGCUGCUUUCAAAAAUAAUGCUGAACAGAUCCAAUAUGCAGUUGAAAGUUUAACUCCACCGAUGAAUCAGCAGUGUGAAGGUGAUGAGGCCUUGUCAAAGUUUGGAAAAGAGUUCUUCCUGUCUUUGGAACGUGUUCUCAAAGCUUGUGGAGAGCAGCGGGAUAAAGCAGCCAGUGAAAUGGAGACCUUACAAACAGAACUUGAUCAAGCCUUAGAAACUCUUCGGAACUUAAGGGAAAAGAAGGCGAAGAAAUCAGGAAUCAACCAGCAUUUCUCAGCCCAUGAAGAGGGUACAGCAGAAGGGAUGGAAGCAAGUAGCUUGAAUGUAUGUUCCCGGAAAACAUCUGAACCUGAUUCAGCAUCUAAAUUGCUUCCUCACAGAUCUAGCCAUUUGCUAAAACAUGGUUCUGUCUUAGAGUCUGUCAGUGUCAACCCAUCCUCCAAGCAGAAAGGGAAGCUCCUUCAGAGGAGCAAGAGUAUGAAGGCCACUGAAAAACCACCUUGGCAGGCUUAAAUAUCGCUUUCUAGUGUCUUCCAGCAUUCAUGUCUUUACAGUUCUUAUGGAAUGCUGUGGAACAGCAUGGUGGAGCUUUCAGCAUGGAGUUCAGCACUAAGGAGUCAGUGUAUUUCCUUUUGUCUAUAAAGUUUGCACUUUUAAAUGAAGUGGCUUCUCCAGACAUGACAGGUUUAAUUCUUUAGAACUUUUCUAUUCAGAACAUGGACAUCCUUUGACUUGUAAGCCAUUCUCACAAUAACAUAAGAUGAUAUAGGAACAUGCUUGAGCAUUAUAGAUCUCUGAAGAAGCAAAGAAGUCUAAAGUGAAAAUUGUAAUGUGUAAGCAUUUCAGAUAGAAAAUAUCGAAAUACCAAAGAGCCAUACCCAAAGCUACUCUCUAGGUGCAUUAAGGAGUAUGAAGAAGUGUCUUUAGAAAGUGACAGACACAGCCAGUAGGGUACCCUGUAUAUAUCAGUGCAUAUCCUGCACUGUAUAAAAAGAUGUAUGCUACAUGGUGCCUUGAAAAGGGAGUUGGCCGCACACCAAUAAGCCUUUCUCCAAGUCCCCUGCUUCCUUCCUCUGGCCCAAAUGCACAGAUUGUCUGUUGCUUCUCUACACAUUCAUAGAACAGGUCAGUGUUUCCCAAAUUGGUGCCCUUCAGAUGUGUUGGAGUACAGCAACCACCUGGCUGAGAUUGUGGAAUUUGUAGUCCAACACAUACAUCAGGCUGAGGAAGCUACAACAAAUGAAGAAUUAUAUUGUGGGACUUCCAUAGGCUAUAUUACCAUAACAUUUGGCUUCUAGGCGUCCUGGGGAAAGAUAAAGCUUCCAGCUUCUUUGGUCCUUGUAGGACAAGGCUAGAAUUACUGGGGGUUACCAUGCAGCUGUCAAGGUGCACCCUAAAAUAUACUACAGUUAAUAAAACUGACUUUGAACCUGUUCCAUUACUGUUCUACAGAAACUGUGUUUGUUUCCUAGACACAUCCAGUUGCUUGGAAACAAUCCCCGAAGAAGGUUUGUUAUUCAUAGCAUUUCUCAAGCCAGCUAUGGUUCUCCUUAAAUAGUCUCAGCAUCCGAGAAGUUUGAUUGUUCCCCUUGGCUUGCUACCCCAGCUGCAAGCCAUACUCUAGGCUCUCAUGCUUAUGAGUCUAAUAAACCUGCCCAGAAUGACAGAGUGGGGAUCAGGAGCAGCAUUCAAAAUGUUUACAAGUUGCACAUGCUUUUGAAGAAGAUAUUUCAAUAUUUUUUUAAAAAAAUGGAAUGAUGAUUAUGUAAUGUCCCGUCUCCUCCAUCAGCUAUUUCUGAGUAUGCUGAAGGUGAAAUGUUUGAAUGUGUUUAAUUAAUAAAUGAAUGGAAAGAAACAUGA